AUGUACCAGAACAUAUUUUAGAACUACAUGAACACUCCAUAAAGACAAUACAUACCAUAAUGUCCUCCUUAGUACUAUUAUCCUGUUUAAAAUCCAUUUUAUCCAUAAUAUUCAAUAUUUUAGGCUCAACCUGUUCUCAUCAUCAAGAAGAAAGAUGAUCAAACAAAACAAGAGGAAAAUAUAGUUUAAACUAAACCUUAAAAGACUGUUUCUAUUGUUGAUUUUGAGAAAACCUCUGAACAGAUAUAAACACCUUCAGUUUAAAUCUAAUCUGAUGAUAAAGGGAGCAAUUUAAAACCUAAUUUGUUGGUGGACUCAACUAAUAUAUAAAAAAAUUUCUCUAAAGCCAUAGUCUAAUAUGCUUUGAGAUAAAAAAAAAUUGUUUAUGAGAUUCUUGGAGAAGAAAAAGGAAAUCAAUUUCUUUAGUUCAUGAGCGAACUUGUAAAUCAGCUCAGAAAUCUAUUUCAUUUAGUCAAAUACACAUAAGAUGAAGAAUAUCUUAAAGCCAUUAGAAUUUUAGGGUAUAUUUUUUGAAUAAUAAUAGUAAUAACUUUUUAAGGAAAGAAAGUACAUGUUAUAUUUAUAAUUCAAAAAUAAGAUAAAAAACCAGUCACAUCAAGCACAAGGCAAUAGUAAAAAAAGUCCUAUUAAAACUUUGA